AUGUUCGAUCAACUAGCCAGAUACCGCUCAGUCCGCGACCGCCAAAAUGUCACCGCCGCCGCCCGCGCGGACGUCCGGACCCUCGUAAACAUGGCAAGCGACGAGUUCACAAAUCCAGAAAACCUAGAGGCGUUCUGGGAGUGGCAGUGGCAAGGCCUGAAAGCGGAGAUGUCACGGAAGCCAAUAAUCGAAAGACAUACGCCUUUGUCUGGUCGCGAGAUCUGGGACACUGUUUUUAAGAUGAAAAGCUACGACUACGGCAGCUGUACGGCUGCGAAGGGUGAUCUAAACUGUCUUUCCUAUGAAUACCUGGGCCUUGGUGUGAUGGAUGAUGCUGGUGAGCGCUUUCGACUUACUCUUGUUCAGGACUUCCUUAUUGCGACGCGCGAACCACCAAGGGAUUCCGGGGGCGUGAUGCACGUUAUGCCGCAGAUGUUUCUGGGUGUCGUUGCCACAGACGACGGAGGGAACGAUCGUGGCUUCGUCUUCGCUCAGCUCGGGGAGCUCGAUCACUUCGUCGGCGACGAGGACUACGAAGAGGUCGCUGGAGAGAGCCUCGGUAACGGAUCAUUCAGAGGCACCGUAUUCGGUGUCGUCGUCAAGUUUGAAAGUACAGGCCAGACUGGCAGUGUCUGGCUCAUCUUCAAUCUCAAGCCCGAAAAUAGCGACGGUGCGAGAUACUGCUACUCUGACACAAGUCUUUAA